UACCGAGUGAGUAGUCGCCAGUCCCCUGUGUCCUCUAGGUUUCUGGAAUUCCAAUCCACCCAUGUGUAUUCCAAACCCAGGAUAUGUUCGGCCAUCACCUAUACAUUGUUGUGAAGGCAACCAAUUUCGGCUCUAUUUUUAACAAAAGUGUGGUACAAACGGAACGCCAGGCACUGUAGUUUUCAGGUCGGGCAAAAGGUUCUGGUACUCAAGCCGGUCUGACAGGACAAACUACAGGAAGCCUGGCAGAGAUGUAUAAAGUCAUUGGGCAGGUAUGUGAUACCACCUACACUGUAGCUAGCUGCAAGAAUGAGGAUGUGAAACAGAUGUUUCACAUCAACAUGCUCAAAGAAUACAAAGGUUGAAAAGGAAGAGGUAGCUGCAGUGUGCACCCUGGCCUCUGAGUACCCCGAUGCCCUACCCUUACCCGACCCUUACCCGACAUGCUAGGAGUGUGACCCUAAUGAAGGGGCUAUAGAGUUGAUCCAGGGGAGAGACUGAGGCCGCAGGAGCGAGCUCAAGCAAUCCAGCUUCAGGAAGCCAAGCAGGCCACCUUCUCCCAGGAGCCAGGAUACACUACUCUAGCGACCCAUAAAGUAGACACCCGGGCCAAGGCUCCUUGAGACAGCCCCCAUACCGCAUUCCUGAGGCAGUCCAGGUAAGAAUGCAGAAAGAGAUAGCAAAGAUGCUCUGCCUAGGGGUCAUUGGGUCUCACCUGUAGUCCUGGUGCCAAAACGGGAUGACACAACCCGUUUUUGUGUGGAUUACAGGUGAUUUAACAAUAAGUCGGUCACUGAUGCCUACCCGAUGCCCCAGGUAGACAAAUUUUUGGCCUUCAUCACCCCAUCAGCCCAUACCAGUUCAGGGUUAUUUUGGGAUGAAGAAUGCCCCAGCCACCAUCCAACGCAUGGUCGAUCACAUCCAAGAUGGUCUCUAGGAUUAUGCCUGUGCAUACCUGGAGACAUGGCGAUCUACAGCGACUCCUGGGAGGCCCACUUAGAACACAUAGGGACAUUUCUGGAUAGGAUUAGAGGAGCCGGCUUUACUUUGAAGCCUGAUAAGUGUCACAUUGGUAUGGCGGAGGUGCAGUAUCUGGACCACAGUGUAGUAUGUGAUACCAUUGCUAACUGGCCCACUCCCCGUACCAAGACACAAGGCAUGGCUUUCUUAGGGACAGCCGGCUACUAUAGACGAGUAUAGCGCCAUGGCCAAAACCCUGACAGACAUGACUAAGAAGAAUUUACCGAGACAGGUCCUGUGGUACCCAGAAUGUAAGGCGGCCUUCCAAUCAUUAAAGCAAACACUUGUGAAUGCACAAGUUCUGGAAGAAAAGAUCCUAACAAAUGGUUUAUUGUCCAUACAGACACUUUGAUGUUUGGACUGGGGGCAGUUCUGUGCCAGGUUGGCAAAGAUGGAGGAGAGCACCCAGUGGCCUAUUUGAGGCGAAAACUACUACCCCGGGAGGUCAGCUAUGUGCCCAUUGAAAGAGAGUGUUUAGCCCUAGUGUGAGCACUGGAGAAAUUAACCCCAUAUCUCUAUGGCCGCAUGUUCACACUCAUCACUGACCACAACCCCCUGGAGAUAAUUCCCGUCUUCUGAGGUGGUGUCUAGCUCUACAAGCCUACGACUUCACCAUACACUACCGACCUGGAAACAGAACGGGAAUGCGGAUGCACUAUCCCGCCAGACUGAGCUGGUAACUUAACUAGUUAAUUGUACUGUCUGGACAGCCCCAAAUUGAGCCGAAAGGGUCCAACCAUGCCUGUCAGAGCUGUGAGCAAGGGGGGAGUAGUGUGACAGAAUAUCACCUUUUGGCUCCUUUUGUGGAAAUGUAUUCAUGUUAUUGCUAUUUCAUUUAUUUGGUUCGGUUUCCGAACAAAGACCUCCCCAGAAAUCCAUUAGAACAUGAAACGUUGAGUAUCCUGUACGAAAACUGUAACUGAACCAAUUAAUAGAAUGCUUCUCUGGGUGGCCGCGAUUUUGUGCAAGCGAACGCAUGUGGUGGGGACAAUGGAUGGCGGCCAUCUUGUCUCUUGAACGCAGGCAGCAGGACUUGGUCGUCGAGUGCCUGGAACUAAUUUCGGCCAGACACUGCCACGAACACCGGUCACCCUGGACCUACUGCCUGUUCAAGUUCCCCUUCACCUACACGAACGGCCUUUAGGAGAUACGUACUACCGAACAAGGGGAGCAUUCUACACUAAUCCAUUUUCACAUAACUUAUGUGGUUUUUGUACAAAACCCCACGAACAGAGACAGGCUGUUGCCACAACUUCCCUGGAACUAUUUGGGGCUUCGACCCCAUGGCUACCAAAAAAACUACCAAACAGAUCUGGGUGAUUAUAUUGUUCACCCAGAUCCGAACUAUCCGGGGAUAUGACUUUUGUGGGGUUUCUAUUUAUGUUGGUGGUACUUUUGGGGUGGUUAGAAAAUGUUAGAUUUUUCUGUCCCUGAGAGGUAAUUAUUAAUGUGUAUUCCGAAAAUUAUCUCAGGCACAGAGGAUCAUGGGAGGGAUUUCCCUGCAUUUCUGUGUGAGAAACCCCAUGUUGGGGCUUUUGCAUAAAAGACCGUAUGUAGCCCUGAAUAAAACAGAUUUCUCCCAGCAUUAAGCCUUGGCUCAUGUGUGAGGGGUUAUUUUAUUGGGAAAAGGGCAUCCAUGGUGGUGACACUUUGACAGUCUGCCUGAAGCUCAAGGAAGCAAGGUGAAUAGUCAGUAUAGGACCCACCUAAGGGGUUUGCUUUGACGUGGCAGGUGGGCUUCCAUCUAAUGGCCGUGGGAGUUUCUAAAUAACCUCCAUUAAUUUAAAUAUAUAUAGGGAUUUGGGAAGAGCGCAGGUAACGUUUUUUUCUUUGGUUUCUACUGUAUUUAUUGGGGCUGUUGUGUACUAUGGUUAUUGCUACCGCCCAGGAGUAGUGGGAGUUUGAGCACAAGACUUGUUUUUGUGUAUUUGCUUUCUUCCGUGUGCCCACCUGCACAUCUAUCAUAAAGUUAUAUGUCGAGAAAAAUCCCACAAAUCUGAAGAAAAUUACUCCAAAAAAGUAGAUUAUAACUGGAAAUUAAAUUGGAUAGUAACAAAAUAUAAUGAUAAGAACAAAAAAAUGUGUGUAAACAUACCAAAAGAGAAACCAAAAAAGUAUAUAUAUCUAUAUAUAAUCGAUAUAUAGAUCUCCACAGCUAUCAAUGGCUGUACCUCCCUAAUGUCUAUGUAGGUUAGUGUCUAAUCAGACUUCUGACUUUAAUAUAAUAAUCAGUGUCAAUGUCUGAAUGAUAUAAAGAAAAAUAUAUACAGAUAACAUGGACAUCUAUUCUGAUGUUAACACAGCAUUUGUAUCAAAAUGUCAGAAAAAUGGCAGGCUUACAACAAAGAUUAAAUGUAGUGCUGCUGCCUCAUUUUCAAAUAGUGCUGUGUUAAACCUGUGACUAAAGGGGGGAGUGAGAGUAACCUGUUAUAUACUAUGCAACAGGCUAGCCAUUCAUGUAACUGUAUCUGGGAUAAUAUUCAUUACGUGAAUCCCCAACAGAAACAAAAUAUCCAGUCCUAGUAAAUGAACAGUAAAGAUAGCAACAUUGCCAUCCAGACAGAUAUAUUCAAUGGACUGAUCGUGAUUGCCUCUGGUACUAAAUAUAGAGCCAGGUAUAUUAGGUUCUCUCCCCCAAUAGUACUAGGAAAGAAUAUACAGGAGGGAAAGAAAAAACAGAAAGAACUGUUAGUGCAUCCCAAUGUGCAGGACCAUACUUAGAGUGUUGGUCUCUGCACAUGUGACAGUGUGCCCUGUGAAGUGAGGAAAAAGUGAAGAGAAAAACCCGAUGCGCGUUUCGGUGCCGCUAAAGUGCACCUUCGUCAGGGGCUAAAGAUUUGGUAACGGCUGGGUCACUGCUUUAUAUGGGUCAGAGCUACUGACGUGGACCAAUCACCGGUCGAAAAAAAUGGCGCCAAAAAAGAGAAAAGCGGAACAACACAUUAUGCAAAUGGACCUUUAAGGAAAGGGACCAAUCAAGAACCAAGUUUCCGCUGAUAGCUUUUUUUAAAAAAAAUAUAUACAUGAUGACGUAGAAUUCAGUAGUUUAACCCUUGCAGUGCUAGUACAAAUGAACUUCUCCGGUUAAGAGAAGAAUAUAUUUGUCGCCCGACGGCUAUUCUCUAUAUUAUUGUUAAUUAAUGUGGAAUCAGUUAUCAUUUAAAUACUUCCGAUAUUCAACCAUUAUGUAAUAAGUCUUUAUGGUAUUCAUUAGCCAUCUAUGGUACAAAGAGAUUACAUAUGCCAAGUCCCUACAUAUACUAGCCUAAAAAAUAUACCAAAGGCUUAAAAAACAGUACCAAUAUACCAUAUUAGGCAAAAUGGCAAUACUGUAAAGUGUAUGUGUACAGAUGUAGAUAUUAGGGGUGCAACAAUGAAAUUAAAUAGUAUGUCUCGGAAAGGCAUUGCCUGAACUGCUUACAUGAUGACGUAAAAUUCAAUAGUUUAACCCUUGCAAUGCUGGUAUGAAUGGACUUCUCCGGUUAAGAGAAGAAUAUAUUUGGAGCCAGACGGCUAUUUUCUGUGGAAUCAGUUAUCAUUUAAAUUCUUACGAUACUCAACCAUUGUGUAAUAAGCCUUUAUGGUAUUCAUUAACCAUCUAUGGUACAGAGAAGUUAAAUAUGCCAAGUCCCUACAUAUACUAGCCUAAAAAAUGCCAAAAUCUUGAAAAACAAAAGAGUGCCAAUAUACCAUAUUAGGCAAAAUGGCAAUACUGUAAAGUAUAUGUGUACAAAUGGAGAUAUUAGGGAUGCAACAAUGAAGUUGAAUAGAAUGUCUCGGAGAGGCAUUACCUGAACUGCUUACAUGAUGACGUAAAAUUCAGUGAUUUACCCUUUGUAGUGCUGGUACGAAUGAACUUCUCCGGUUAAAUGAAGAAUAUAUUUGUAGCCCGAUGGUUAUUCUCUAUGUUAUUGUUAAUUCAUGUGGAAUCAAUUAUCAUUUAAAUUCUUCCAAUAUUCAACCAUUGUGUAAUAAGCCUUUAUGGUAUUCAUUAGCCAUCUAUGGUACAAAAAAGUUAAAUAUGCGAAGUCCAUACAUAUACUAGCCUAAAAAAUGCCGCGGGCUUGAAAAACAAAAGAGUACCAAUAUACUAUAUUAGGCAAAAUGGCAAUGCUGUAAAGUAUAUGUGUACAGAUGGAGAUAUUGGGGAUACAACAAUGAAAUUAAAUAGAAUAUCUCGGAAAGGCAUUACCUGAACUGCUUGCUAUAAAGAUGCCCAUUUGGGUUUGAGCAAGUAAAUGAAUGCCUUAUAGUUAUAAACACUGUAGGGGCUCCAUUAUAAAAUUCACGUCUGCAGAUAUUAUCCCUUGAUCUAUAGCGAUAUUGGUCUACUGCAAAGGUGACUCGGAAGGAGCAGAAUGCAUUGUGUUUAUUCCCAUGUUACUUACAGGGACAAUUCCUCUCGAAUAAAUUACAUUUGUACAUAUAUAUAGGUGUGCCAGACGCCAGCCUUGCAAGGGUAACUUAUUAUUAGUAUGAAUCUUCUUAAAUAGCUCAAUAUAGGGUGCCGUUGUGCAUAAUUUGGACAGGGAAACAAAAGAACAUUGGUAAGAUUCGUCUAGUAGCGCUUAAAGAUACAGUGCCCAAUCUUAACUAGGUGAUAUUAGACACACAUUAGUGGUGUUGAUAUUUACAAUAUAUAUAAAAAUUAAUUAAAACUGCAUGCUCGUUGGGUUUCAAAGGUCGGAUUCUAGUCAGAAAUAAAGGGAGUAAAAGAAAAACCCUCAUUUAGACCUAGAGGGGAUAAGGUCUUCAAUUUGAAGAUCCAAUAGCUCUCUCGCUGUAAGAGUUUUUUGUCAACAUCGCCUUUCCUUGGACCCAUUGUCACUCUUUCUAUACCAUUAAAACGUAAACCCUGAGCCGAUCCGCCAUGUUGAAUUUUAAGAUGACGUGAUAUCGGUGUAUCGAUUUGUCUAGAUGGAUUUACAGAAUUAAUAUGUUCCAAGAUUCGAUUCUUGAAGGGUCUAAUGGUCUUGCCUACAUAUUUCAUAUUACAACUGCAUGUUAUGAGGUAUACCAGGCCAGAUGUUUGACAAUUGAAGAAGGUUUUAGUGAUGUGACUUUCUGUGUUUGAUGAGUUGGAAAAGGUCUUUGAAUGUUUUCUGAUAAACUUACAGGCUUUGCAACGGCCACAUUUAAAAGUACCCACUACGGGUGAUUUCAGCCAGGUCGUCCUUGGAGCAGGUAAGUGCAGGUGACUUGGUACUAAAAUGUCCUUCAGAUUGCGGCCUCUUCUAGCCGUAAUAGAUACGAAGGGAGUCAAAACCUCUUUAAGGUGUGGAUCCUGAUAUAAAAGGGGCCAAAAUCUCUCUAAUGCCCUUUUUGCCAUAUCCCAACCUGAAUCAAAGGUGCCGAUGCAUCUAAUAGAUUUCUGAUCAGUUCUCUGUAUAGAGUUAUCUAUCAGAAGGUCCAUCCUUUCAGUCAGGAGGGCCCUCUGAUAUGCCUUUUUCAGGCAUUUAUUUGGGUAGCCCUUAGUCUUAAAAUAGGACCUGAGGGUAUUGGCUUUUAAUUUAAAAUCCUCGAGAGAGGAACAAUUCCUUCUUAGCCUUAAAUAUUGGCCAAUCGGAAUCCCUCUUUUUAGAGCAGGGGGAUGGUAACUCUCCCAAUUCAAGAAGUUGUUAGUUGCCGUAGGUUUUCGGUAAAGUGUAGUAGAAAGAUGAUUAUCAUGGGUAAUACCCAGGGUGACAUCAAGAAAAUUCAGUUUCUGUCCUCCAACCUCAUACGUGAAUCUAAGAUUAAUGUCAUUCAUGUUAAGUUCGUCCACAAACUUAUUAAACAGAUCAUCAGGGCCUGUCCAUACUAUCAGGACAUCAUCUAUAUACCGUUUCCAAAGGAUGACGUAUUCUGUAUAUUCAGCAAGUUGAGAAUUAAAUACAGUAUUUUGUUCCCACCAUCCCAGGUGAAGGUUAGCAUAUGAGGGCGCACAAGUCGUCCCCAUAGCCGUACCCCUCACCUGGUGGUAGUAUUUGCCUUCAAAAAGGAAAUAGUUAUGUGUCAAGAUGAAAUGGAGAAGUUUAAGAACAAAUAUGUUAUGUUCCUUUAGAGUGGAAUCUCUCAUCUGAAGGAAUUCUUUUACAUGUUUCAUCCCUACUACAUGAGGGAUAGAACUAUAUAGGCCUUCUACAUCUAAGCUGCAUAGCUUCGCGUUGGUAGGUAUGGUCAUAUCUUUAAGGAUGUUCAGAGUUUGCUUAGUAUCCCUCAAGUAAGAAGGGAGAGAUUUAACUAGAUCCCGCAAAAUAAAUUCUACAUAGACACUACAAUUUUGUGUGAGGUUAUUGUUACCUGACACAAUAGGUCUCCCUGAUAGUAUGGCUUGUUGUUUGUGGAUCUUUGGUAACGCGUAAAAGGUUGCUAUUGUCGGUUUACUGUUAAACAGAAACUUAAAUUCAUCACUUGUUAUUAGAUUGUGUUGGAGUGCUUCAUCCAAGAUGUUCUUCAGUUCCCUAAGGUAUUUAGUUGUGGGGUCAGUGCUUAGAAUGACAUAUGUGUUUCUAUCGUCAAGAAUACGAUGUACCAUUUUGGUAUAAUCACAUCUAUUCAAGACGACCGUAUUCCCCCCUUUAUCAGAGGGUUUGAUAACGAUAGAGUCAUUUUGUUUCAAAGCGUCUAAAGCUCUCCUCUCUGCGGGACUCAAGUUAUUAUUGUGAUGGGUCUGAGGGAGCAAACUUUCAUCCAUAUUAUCAAUCUCCUUGCAGGUAAGUUCCACAAAGAGAUCGAUAUACUUGAAUUCCGAGAUAUGAGGAGUAAAUUUACUUUUCGGUCUCAGAGUCGUGAAUGGUGCACCUAGUUUGAUGGAAGAAUCAUUGCUAUUCAGAAGAUCAACUAGAUUAUCCAGAAGAUCCAUAUCUUGAGUUUCUAGGCCCAACCUAGUGGCUCGUUUAGUUUUUUGUAUGCAAUGGAACUUAUGAAGGGCUAAUUUUCGUCCAAAGAGAUGGAUGUCCUUUGUCCAACCAAACUUAUCAAAUUUUGGUGUAGGGACAAAGGACAUCCCUCUUCUGAGAACUUGAGUCUCUAAAGGGGUUAGACGAUGGGUGGAUAGAUUUAUGAUCUGACUCUCCUGGAUUAGUAGGCUUUCCUGCGUUUUGGACCCUGUGUAUUGGCUCGGUUUCUUGUGUUGCGCUGUGGUCUUUCUUCUAGGUUGGUUCUGGCUAAAAAAUUAAUCCCUUUCUUAAGGAUACUUUUGGGAUUUAAAUCACUUGAGGUAGAUGGACCUUCUACGCUCAGCUCUGAUUCAGAUCCACUGGUCUCGUAUUCAGAAGUGGAAUACUUGUCAAAAUCCACUCUUUUGCUUCUAUUGAAUUUACAAUAGAUGUUACCAGUCUGAAAAUCUUUGGAGUCCCUCAUAAAUUUAGAGUGUUUUCUUGUUUUUAUCGUAGUCUGAAAUCUAUCUAUCUGAUUCUUAAGUUUUACUUCAAGUUGUUCAAAAUUUGUUUCCUUUUUAUAGACUUGGAUCUUUUCUAUCUCCUCAUCUACCUCUUUAUUAACUUUUUCUAGCUUCUUUUUUUCGUAUCUGCAUAGUAUGUCCAUAAACUUGCGUGAACAUACUCCCGCUGCUUCUUCCCACUCUUUAAUAAAUUCAGAUUCCUCAAUGUGGGGGGCAGGGAUAUUUUGAACUCUUAGCCCCCUUGGAAUAAGUUCUUUGCUUAGAUAUUUCUCAAGGGAGGCUAUUUCCCAGCCAGCUCUUAUUUGUUGCUUAAAGAGGAAUGUCAGGUGGUUAAAAGCUGAGUUUAUAUUGGUGUGGGCAAUAUUCUCCUGCAUAUGCCCAUCCGAGAAUACUAUAUCCGCCUGUAAGUUUAUCAGAAAACAUUCAAAGACCUUUUCCAACUCAUCAAACACAGAAAGUCACAUCACUAAAACCUUCUUCAAUUGUCAAACAUCUGGCCUGGUAUACCUCAUAACAUGCAGUUGUAAUAUGAAAUAUGUAGGCAAGACCAUUAGACCCUUCAAGAAUCGAAUCUUGGAACAUAUUAAUUCUGUAAAUCCAUCUAGACAAAUCGAUACACCGAUAUCACGUCAUCUUAAAAUUCAACAUGGCGGAUCGGCUCAGGGUUUACGUUUUAAUGGUAUAGAAAGAGUGACAAUGGGUCCAAGGAAAGGCGAUGUUGACAAAAAACUCUUACAGCGAGAGAGCUAUUGGAUCUUCAAAUUGAAGACCUUAUCCCCUCUAGGUCUAAAUGAGGGUUUUUCUUUUACUCCCUUUAUUUCUGACUAGAAUCCGACCUUUGAAACCCAACGAGCAUGCAGUUUUAAUUAAUUUUUAUAUAUAUUGUAAAUAUCAACACCACUAAUGUGUGUCUAAUAUCACCUAGUUAAGAUUGGGCACUGUAUCUUUAAGCGCUACUAGACGAAUCUUACCAAUGUUCUUUUGUUUCCCUGUCCAAAUUAUGCACAACGGCACCCUAUAUUGAGCUAUUUAAGAAGAUUCAUACUAAUAAUAAGUUACCCUUGCAAGGCUGGCGUCUGGCACACCUAUAUAUAUGUACAAAUGUAAUUUAUUCGAGAGGAAUUGUCCCUGUAAGUAACAUGGGAAUAAACACAAUGCAUUCUGCUCCUUCCGAGUCACCUUUGCAGUAGACCAAUAUCGCUAUAGAUCAAGGGAUAAUAUCUGCAGGCGUGAAUGUUAUAAUGGAGCCCCUACAGUGUUUAUAACUAUAAGGCAUUCAUUUACUUGCUCAAACCCAAAUGGGCAUCUUUAUAGCAAGCAGUUCAGGUAAUGCCUUUCCGAGAUAUUCUAUUUAAUUUCAUUGUUGUAUCCCCAAUAUCUCCAUCUGUACACAUAUACUUUACAGCAUUGCCAUUUUGCCUAAUAUAGUAUAUUGGUACUCUUUUGUUUUUCAAGCCCGCGGCAUUUUUUAGGCUAGUAUAUGUAUGGACUUCGCAUAUUUAACUUUUUUGUACCAUAGAUGGCUAAUGAAUACCAUAAAGGCUUAUUACACAAUGGUUGAAUAUUGGAAGAAUUUAAAUGAUAAUUGAUUCCACAUGAAUUAACAAUAACAUAGAGAAUAACCAUCGGGCUACAAAUAUAUUCUUCAUUUAACCGGAGAAGUUCAUUCGUACCAGCACUACAAAGGGUAAAUCACUGAAUUUUACGUCAUCAUGUAUAUAUUUUUUUUUAAAAAAGCUAUCAGCGGAAACUUGGUUCUUGAUUGGUCCCUUUCCUUAAAGGUCCAUUUGCAUAAUGUGUUAUUCCGCUUUUCUCUUUUUUGGCGCCAUUUUUUUCGACCGGUGAUUGGUCCACGUCAGUAGCUCUGACACAUAUAAAGCAGUGACCCAGCCGUUACCAAAUCUUUAGCCCCUGACGAAGGUGCACUUUAGCGGCACCGAAACGCGCGUCGGGUUUUUCUCUUCACUUUUUCCUCACUUCACAGGGCACACUGUCACAUGUGCAGAGACCAACACUCUAAGUAUGGUCCUGCAGAUUAGGAUGCACUAACAGUUCUUUCUGUUUUUUCUUUCCCUCCUGUAUAUUCUUUCCUAGUACUAUUGGGGGAGAGAACCUAAUAUACCUGGCUCUAUAUUUAGUACCAGAGGCAGCCACGAUCAGUCCAUUGAAUAUAUCUGUCUGGAUGGCAAUGUUGCUAUCUUUACUGUUCAUUUACUAGGACUGGAUAUUUUGUUUCUGUUGGGGAUUCACGUAAUGAAUAUUAUCCCAGAUACAGUUACAUGAAUGGCUAGCCUGUUGCAUAGUAUAUAACAGGUUACUCUCACUCCCCCCUUUAGUCACAGGUUUAACACAGCACUAUCUGAAAAUGAGGCAGCAGCACUACAUUUAAUCUUUGUUGUAAGCCUGCCAUUUUUCUGACAUUUUGAUACAAAUGCUGUGUUAACAUCAGAAUAGAUGUCCAUGUUAUCUGUAUAUAUUUUUCUUUAUAUCAUUCAGACAUUGACACUGAUUAUUAUAUUAAAGUCAGAAGUCUGAUUAGACACUAACCUACAUAGACAUUAGGGAGGUACAGCCAUUGAUAGCUGUGGAGAUCUAUAUAUCGAUUAUAUAUAGAUAUAUAUACUUUUUUGGUUUCUCUUUUGGUAUGUUUACACACAUUUUUUUGUUCUUAUCAUUAUAUUUUGUUACUAUCCAAUUUAAUUUCCAGUUAUAAUCUACUUUUUUGGAGUAAUUUUCUUCAGAUUUGUGGGAUUUUUCUCAAUACUUUAAGAAUAGGGGUUAUGCCCCAUAUGACACUGCUGGAGUGUCAGUAAAUGUGUUUCUAUCUAUGGAACGGGCAAGUACCCCUAUCCAUAGAUAAUUUCUGUUCAUUUAAAGUUAUAUGUCCCCUUACUAUACGAAGAUAUGUCAGAUGUACCCAGUGCUCCUGUCAAAAAAGUACCUACCGAUUCCAACAGAAAUAAAUAAAAACUCAAAAAAAUGUAAAGUAUAUAGUUCACUUUUACAGAUAAAAUGUAGCCAUUCCACAAAUAAAUACAACCUCACAAAUGGAAGGCUAUGUAAAAAAGUAUAUUCAGCUUUAAUCUGUGUGAUCUAUGCCCUUGUAUCAUGACUGAAUGUUAAUUUAAUUGGCUAGUCUGUACAACCAAUCAAAUUGCUGAAUUAUUUUUCAGUUUGCUCUUGGUAAAUUGGGGGCCAUGUAUACCCUCCAACUGUUACAAGAUAAGCAUCUCACCCCCACAUAACUAGAGUUCAGAUCAAAGGAAGAUACAGUCAAAGGAAGCAGAUUAAUUGUAUUAGUCCUUAUUGGUAUUUUUACACCAUUUCUUAGCAUUCACUUUUAAUUUUAUCACAAUUCCCUGUGUGGUAAAUAAACCUCUCAACACGUAAAUUCUUUUUUUUUUUGUUAUCUCUUGUGUUUAAUAUAAACAUCAUCAAUAAAUUCUCUAAUUCUUUUAGUACUGUGAAGGAAUGGAGGGCCUUUAAGUAAUUAUAGAGCUAUAAACACCUCACUGACAAUCUAUGGAUGUCAUUGAUUGUCAAACUGUUCCUUUCACAUUUUCACAUAUUGAUUUAGCCCAUGGUUCAACAAAUAUAUUGCCAGUUCAUUGCUUAAAAUUAUUCACGACUGCUCAGUCGCAAAGACAAUGUGUAUUACUGUUGCUCACCUGGGAAAUGUCCCUGCUAGAUGGGAUAUAAUGACACAAGCCCAGGAGAUAUAUAUUAAAUAAAGAAGAGAUAUCCUGUGUCAUGUGAGCCACUUUUGAUGGACAGGAAACUGUUAGAUAUCUGGCGUCUUUUUUAUCAGUUUCUCAAAAUACUGUCACCAACAAAUCACCAAGAUGUCUUGUAGUCAUAAAUGGUGACAGGUUUAUCUCUUCAGGAAAAAGAUUGGUACCCUUUUUCACAGACUAUAGAAUAGUCACAACUUACUAUUUCUGAAUGAAACAUCUAUUUGUAGAUCUGUUAUAAAAUAAAAUGUACAUUAUACAUAUACAAGUAAUAUGGUAAAACAGAAAAAGUUUUAAUAGACACAGAUUUAAAAAAUUGCACUAAUGAAUGAUAGCAGAACUUAUAUGGUUUAGCAAAUUACAAUGAGACUUGGAGAAGAUUUUUUUAAACAAAGGAUUAAAAUAUUUCUAAAGGAUAAUUCAUCAAACAGUGAGUUGACAACUAACUUGGAAAAUGUAAGCUGAAGUAGCCAGGUUUUCAAAAAUGUAUGCAUUCAGCUCAGUUUUAUUGAACAACAUUUCAUCACAGCAAUUAUCUUAGCAAUUUUGUCAGUUCUCAACUCACCACAACUCAACUAACCAUCUUGGGUUUUAGCAUAUCCUAACCAGUAAUUAACAGCCCUGCUGGCAUCAGACAACCAAUAGCAGCACAUUACCACAUCACUGGUGAAAAGUUUUAGUGCCCCUUCAGUUUUGAUUGUGGUAUCUUAUGUGUCUAUGUAUCUGCAUGUGUGUAUAUAUAUCUGCAUGUGUUUCAGUGUGUAUAUGUGCAUACAUCUCAAAAUCUUGCCAAUACUACACACAAAUACACCCUUGCAUUUCAACAGCAACACUACAUACAAACCUCACCUUUAUAUAUAACCACACCACUGCAUUCAAAAACCACACUACACACAAAUGCAUGCUUGCAUUCAAACGUUAACACUACAUACAAGCCCACCCCUACAUUCACUCACAUACAAAAACAUGCUAACAUUCAAACACACAAACACUGCUCAGUACUAAAUACAUAAAAAAAAUUGAGUUUGUUUUUUACAUUUUAAAGUGGAGGAGGGAAGGGGGAGAGGUGUCAAAAUAGAACCCGCCCUGGGUGCCAAAUGCUCUAGGUACGCCCCUGGACAGGCAUAUACACAAAAUAGACACACAGACAGACACAGAGAUGGAUAGUCAGUAGUGAUGUCCAGAACGGUUCGCCGAACAGUUCGCCGCGGACUCAUCAUUGAGUAAACUUUGACCCUGUACCUCACAGUCAGCAGACACAUUCCAGCCAAUCAGCAGCAGACCCUCCCUCCCAGACCCUCCCACCUCCUGGACAGCAUCCAUUUUACAUUCAUUGUGAAGCUGCAUUCUUAGUGAGCUGUCCAGGAGGUGGGAGGGUCUGGGGGGAGGGUCUGCUGCUGAUUGGCUGGAAUGUGUCUGCUGACUGUGAGGUACAGGGUCAAAGUUUACUCAAUGAUGAGUCCAUGGCGAACCGUUCGUGGCGAACCGUUGGCGAACCGUUCGGCGAACCGUUUGGGACAUCACUAAUAGUCAGAUAUAUAAAAAGACAGGUUAAAGCAGGUUAAACAAAGAUUGAUAGAUGAUACCGAUACCUGGAAAAAAAGCUCUAGAUCGCUAUGCCAUGUUAUUAGAACCAAGAAUACAGGUGAAGCUCUGUCAGAGCCUUGGUUAUAACUGGAAAGAAAAAAAAAUGUUCAAGCAGUUACAGAAACAGUUAUGUCUAUGACAUCACAGCAUGACAUCAUCUAUUAUGAUUUAACUGCUAAGGAUCACAGUUCCUGAAGUGGAGAUUAUUAUUAAGUGUUCUUGCAUAGCAAGUCCCCUUAAUAUUAUCUCACAUAUAUUUAAGUAUUCUUGCAUAGCAAGACCACUUAAUGUUAUCUCACAUAUUAUUAUUAAGUGUUCUUGCAUAGCAAGACCACUUAAUGUUAUCUCACAUAUAUAUUCUUAUUAAGUGUUCUUGCAUAGCAAAUUUACCAAAACGUGCAGAUUGUUCCCGAUCGGAUUGCUAUUACUUUGUGGAACGUUUCGCCGAAUGGUUCACGGAAUAUCGUCGUUCUUGUGGCACAAUUUGUCCCAUAGGAAUGAAUGGCAAAGCUAGAGUGGGAGCUGGCAAAAGCUGAAAAAUCAGGACAUGAUUUCUAAACUGCCACCACUCCCUUAUUUUCAGGCCCACCUACACAAAUCUUAUAUCAAAACGUUCAGCUAUCCCUGCUGCCACUAAACAUGUCAACGGCUAAGCUAUAGUCCUGAUAGUUUUCACAAUAUAAUCAUUUGUUUGCAACCAACGCCGUCCAUUGACAUUCAUUGAAACUUCACUCUACAAAGCUCAAAUUUGAAGUGCAAUUUCUAAACUGCGACUGUGCCUUCAAUUUUAAUACUUCAGAAACAUACUAUGUAUCAAAAUGUAGGUCUGGGUCUUGUGAUUCUCACAAUAUAAAGCUCUUCGCUGUAGGAGUUAUAGUUUUUAAAUACGACCGUUUGAAGAUGGCAACCGCCAAAAUACUCUGACCUGUGUCAAGCUGCAGCAGCAAGUGAUGUCAUAGACAGGGCCUUUUGAACACCUGCUAAUGUUUUUAUAAAUGUAUGGUUUAAUGUAACUGUGCAACAACGUUGCAAUUAAAUGUGCUAUAUAAAUGAUAACAGUUACUCCGCCCACUCCAGUUGUAGACUACUGGUGGAGGCAAGAACACUUCACACAAUUUCCCCAGAAAGCUUUUCUAGUUAUUAAGUGUUCUUGCAAGAACACUUAUUGUUAUCUCACAUAUAUAUUAUUCUUAUUAUAGCCAAAUUUGCCACCCUAACUCCUCCCACAGUUUUUACACUACAUAGACCAAAAUUUACCAAAACGUGCAGAUUGUUCCCGAUCGGAUUGUUAUUACUUUGUGGAACUUUGUGGAACGUUUCGCCGAAUGGUUCACGGAAUAUCAUCGUUUUUGUGGCGAAAUUUGUCCCAUAGGAAUGAAUGGCAAAGCUAGAGUGGGAGCUGGCAAAAGCUGAAAAUCAGGACAUGAUUUCUAAACUGCCACCACUCCCUCAUUUUCAAGCCCACCUACACAAAUCUUAUAUCAAAACGUUCAGCUAUCCCUGCUGCCACUAAACAUGUAAACAGCUAAGCCGUAGUCCUGAUAGUUUUCACAAUAUGACCAUUUGUUUGCAACCAACGCCGUCCAUUGACAUUCAUUGAAACUUCACUCUGCAAAGCUCAAAUUUGAAGUGCAAUUUCUAAACUGCGACUGUACCUUCAAUUUUAAUACUUCAGAGACAUACUAUGCAUCAAAAUGUAGGUCUGGGUCUUGUGAUUCUCACAAUAUAAAGCUCUUCACUGUAGGAGUUAUAGUUUUUAAGAUACGACCGUUUGAAGAUGGCAACCACCAAAAUACUCUGACCUGUGUCAAGCUGCAGCAGCAAGUGAUGUCAUAGACAGGGCCGUUUGAACACCUGCUAAUGUUUUUAUAAAUGUAUGGUUUAAUGUAACUGUGCAACAAUGUUGCAAUUAAAUGUGCUAUGUAAAUGAUAAGUUACUCCGCCCACUCCAGUUGUAGACUACAGGUGGAGGCAAGAACACUUCACACAAUUUCCCAGAAAUUGUAACUUUUCUAGUUAUUAUUAUUCUUAUUAUAGCAAAAUUUGCCACCCUAACUCCUCCCACAGUUUUUACACUACAUAGACAAAAAUUUACCAAAACGUGCAGAUUGUUCCCGAUCGGAUUGCUAUUACUUUGUGGAACGUUUCGCCGAAUGGUUCACGGAAUAUCGUCGUUUUUGUGGCGCUAUUUGUCCCAUAGGAAUGAAUGGCAAAGCUAGAGUGGGAGCUGCCAAAAGCUGAAAAAUCAGGACAUGAUUUCUAAACUGCCACCACUCCCUUAUUUUCAGGCCCACCUACACAAAUCUUAUAUCAAAGCGUUCAGCUAUCCCUGCGGCCACUAAACAUGUCAACGGCUAAGCCGUAGUCCUGAUAGUUUUCACAAUAUGACCAUUUGUUUGCAACCAACGCCGUCCAUUGACAUUCAUUGAAACUUCACUCUGCAAAGCUCAAAUUUGAAGUGCAUUUUCUAAACUGCGACUGUGCCUUCAAUUUUAAUACUUCAGAGACAUACUAUGCAUCAAAAUGUAGGUCUGGGUCUUGUGAUUCUCACAAUAUAAAGCUAUUCGCUGUAGGAUUUAUAGUUUUUAAAAUAUGACCGUUUGAAGAUGGCAACCACCGAAAUACUCUGACCUGUGUCAAGCUGCAGCAGCAAGUGAUGUCAUAGACAGGGCCUUUUGAACACCUGCUAAUGUUUUUAUAAAUGUAUGGUUUAAUGUAACUGUGCAACAACGUUGCAAUUAAAUGUGCUAUGUAAAUGAUAACAGUUACUCCGCCCACUCCAGUUGUAGACUACAGGUGGAGGCAAGAACACUUCACACAAUUUCCCCUGAAAAUGUACCUUUUCUAGUUAUUAUUAUUAUUAUAGCCAAAUUUACCACCCUAACUCCUCCCACAGUUUUUACACUACAUAGACAGUAAUAUACCGAAACGUGCGGAUUGUUCCCGACUGGAUUGCUAUUACUUUGUGGAACGUUUCGCCAAAUGGUUCACGGAAUAACAUCAUUCUUGAGGCGAAAUUGGUCCCAUAGGAAUGAAUGGCAAAAUGUUCAAAACUAGAGUGGGAGCUGACAAAAGCUGUAAAAUCAGGACAUGAUUUCUAAACUGCCACCACGCCCACAUUUUCAGGCCCACCUACACAAAUCUUAUAUCAAAACGUUCAGCUACCCCUGCUGCCAGUAAAAAUGUCCACAGCUAACCCAUAGUCCUGAUAGUUUUCAAAAUAAGACCAUUUGUUUGCAACUCACAUCGUCCAUUGACAUUCAUUGAAACUUCACUCUAGCCAGCUCAAUUGUGAAGGGCAAUUUCUAAACUGUGACUGUGCCUUCAUUGUUAAUAUUUCAGAGACAUACUACGCAUCAAAAUGUAGCUUGGGUCUUGUGAUUCUCACAAAAGAAAGCUCUUCGCUGUAGGAUUUAUAGUUUUUAAAAUAUGACCGUUUGAAAAUGGCAACCAGGGUGGCCUUAGACCAUUAGGCGCCCUGUGCGAAAAGGGCGCCACCCCCGACCAAGUUGCCUAUAUAUAUCACACACACAGGCAGACAGUCACACAAACAGUUACAAGCAGACAGUCAGACAUGCUCAGUUACAGGCAGACAGUCACACACAAUUACAGGCAGACAGUCACACAGUUACAGGCAGACAGUCACACACAGUUACAUGCACACAAUCACAAACAGUUACAUGGACACACACAGGUACAGGCAUACAGUCACACACAGUCACAAGCAGACAGUCACACAUACUCCAUUACAAGCAGUCAUACACACUCGGUUACAGGCAUACAGACACUCACACAUGCUGAUAGGCACACACACUCAGUUAAAGGCAGAUAGUCAUGCACAAAGGCACAGGCACACACACAGGAAGACUGUCACACUGUAGCGUUACCCACCUUAUCCAGGGGCCGGCCGCGGUCCUCUCUUCGAGCCGCGCGCGGUCCUGCUGCUGCACGAGCCGCGCGCGGCUCAUCCGACGGCCUCAACAGGAAGGCGGGCAGUGACCGCGAGAAGCGGUCACGUGUCCCACCUGAAUCUAAGAGCGCGCCCCGAGUCUCGGGCGCGCUCUUAAAGAGGCAGUGGGAGCCUAAAUUGUUAAAAGGCUCCCAUUGGCCCCUGUCAUGCCACACUCCCCAUACACUUACCUUUUGGGGGUGUAGAUAUGACAGGAGCCAAUCACAUUAGUUUAAAAGCUAUAUAUACUUACCUCUCCCUUUACUCCCUGCCCUAUCGUGGUUUCUGUAUCAGUUCCCUUUAGCGCUUGUUGUGUUCAGUUGUGUUUCUCCGUUUUGACUUUGGCUUUGUUUCUGACUACGUUUUCUCUUUAUCCUUAUCUGUUCUGGUUGUCGGCUUGCUGUUUACUGUGUACCAGACCCCGGCUUGUCCUAGUUUACGCUGUCUCUCUGUGUCCUUGACUUCGGAUCGUUCCUGACUCUGCCUCCUCUCAUAUACGUCGAGUCCGGCCAUUAUAAGGUCCGGUAGACGUAUCUCUCCUCUGUGUUGUCUUCUGUUUAGCCGAAUCCUGCGUGUUGGGGUAUAUUCUCGUUACACACACACAGUCAGACAGUCACACACACACACAUGGAGGCAGUCACAUAGACAGACAGACCCACACACACACACACACAGGCAGGCAGUCAGUCACACAGAAGACAGUCACAAACACACACACAGAGGCAGGCAGUCACACACACACAGGCAGACAGUCACACAGACAGACAGACACACACACACACGCAGGCAGGCAGUCACACACACAGGCAGGCAGGCAAGCAGGCAGUCAGACAGUCACACACACAGGCAGGAAGUCAGACAGACAGUCACACACACAGGCAGACAGUCACACGCAUACACACACAGACAAACAGUUACAAAUAGCCAGGCAGUCACACACACAGACUUACCUCUUUCCAUUAUGGCUGGAAGGGGAAGUGAAAGCAGUUCCUGUGCAGCAGUUACAUGGGGCUUUGGGCAGGUAUUGACUCCUCCUCCGCACCGUGAUAAGCCCUACCCCACUGCUCAUGAAGCCCCACCCCUGCUGCUGUGAUUUUUUAUUUUUUUUAUAUGUACCCGAGUGGAGAAUAAUUAAUCCUCCACCCGGUAACCUGUUUUAGCUCCCCUGACACCAGCCAUGUGCAAACUGUGUCGGCCACAUGGCGCCCCCUGAUCCAUGGUGCCCUGUGGGGCCGCUCAGCUCGCACACCCCCAAGGCCGGCCCUGAUGGCAACCACCAGUGAAGUGAGCAAUUUGGAGCAGUUUGUUUUUAACCACUCUUCUCUGCCCUAUUUGAAAUCUAUUAGUUCCUGUUGGCAGUUGGUGGAAUGUUCGAGGGAUUUGAAAUGGCGGCUGCAGAAACCCUGUGUAACAAGGCUGCAAUCUGAAGAUGCUGCUAUAUAUGUAUUAAUAAAGUAAGUACUUCGUUUUACAGGAAUUGACUGAUUUGUACAUCACAGUGGCAGCAGGGAACGUUUUGAUAUAAAUUGGUACAUUUAUAUCCCUACAUGGCAAGACCACUUACUAUUAUCUCACAUAUAUAUUAUUAAUCUUAUUGAGCAAUUUGGAGCAGUUUGUUUUUAACUGCUCUUCUCUGCCCUUGCUGUAGAGUGAGUGAACCACACUCCAACCUUUCCACAGUUACUCAAGCCACUCCACCCAGGUACUCCGCCCACUCCAGUUGUAGACUACUGGUGGAGGCAAGAACACUUAAAGGACCACUCUAGGCACCCAGACCACUUCAGCUUAAUGAAGUGGUCUGGGUGCCAGGUCCCUCUAGAAUUAACCCUUUUUUUAAUAAACAUAGCAGUUUCAGAGAAGCUCCUGCCGCGCGUGCGCAUUCAGCCGAAGGGGAGGAGAAGAGGCAGAGAGGAGGAGAGGAGGAGGAGAGCUCCCCGCCCAGCGCUGGAAAAAAGGUAAGUUUUAACCCUUUCCUCUCCCCAGAGCCGGGUAGGAGGGGAACCCUGAGGGUGGGGGCACCCUCAGGGCACUAUAGUGCCAGGAAAACAAGUAUGUUUUCCUGGCACAAUAGUGGUCCUUUAACACAAUUUCCCCAGAAAUUUUAGCUUUUCUAGUUAUUUUUAAUAUCAAAAGGGACUGUGAUAAACAUGUAAAAGGAGUCUUUACAAUUAAUAUAUGUUGUUUGAAUAUAAAAGUAAGAUAUGUAAUACCUUUCCUUUUGCACCUUUUGUCUCUCUUUCUACUGUCAUCUGUUUCCAACCUAAUAUUGUUGUUCUUCUCUUUUUCCACCUCCACCUACCCUCAUACAGUCAUUCGCACACUAUAUUCCCCUAUUACUAUUUCUCAAAAUAGUAUAUUUAAAAAGUUGUAUAUUGUGUUAAGCAAAUUGCAAAGGCUGAAAAAAAUGUGAGCAUACAGUUGUUAACUGUAAUUCACAAUCUAGUGAAUAAACCUAAAUUUUAAAGAGAGUGUGGCGAAACCAACCUCGCCACUGUGAACUGGAGAAGCCUGGUUGCUCACCUGCUCCCUUUGGACUAUGGCCCUGCAGGUUAAACUGUUUAUUUCCCCUGCAGAAAGGCUUAUUUGUGUGAUCUGAGGGCCAUUCAUCUAAUAAUGUGCACUCAGAUCCCAGCUAUCUGGGGAUAUAUGAAAUGUCUGUGUGUUAUGUGUAAAUGUGACUUUAUGUAUUUUAAAGUGUUUUGUGUCUUUUUGCAACCAUGUGCUUAAUGGAGUCUUGUGUCUAUCCUGGGAGAUAACUGAAUUACUUAUCUCCAGGAUAGAAGACUCUGAAACUGGUUUGGGCCAGAAAGCCAUGCUUCAUUUAGUCACAAAGGACUUUUUACUAACUUUUGAACCCCUUGUCUGAUUUGUGCCAUUUUUUAAUAUGUUGUUCCCCUGAAUGGAUUGAUUGUGAAUGUGUAAUUUAAUGUGAAUGUGAUGUAUGGUUUUAGAGUUAUGAAAGUUGGGUAGAAGUAUGUUUUAACUGUAUGUAUAAUUGAGUUUCCUCUCAGGAUAAGGGGAGGGAAUAUGUGGGAUGUAACUGUGAUGUGAUUGGUUGUUUUGUAACGCCCCGUGGGCUGUACUAUGUUUGUGGAUUGGGAAUAAAAGAGACUGUAUGUGACAGUACAGGGAGUUCCUGCUUAACCCUCAAAGUGAAGUGUCGUCUCAUUAUUGGGGGAAGGAUUUAUUGUAUGCUGUUCCAGUUUGACUGCUGGAGAGUAAACCUAUUCGUAUGGUUCCUAUUCAACUGUCUACAGCAUUCAUAUGCUUGAGAGGAUUCAUAUGCUUCUCCGGUUCGGUGGUUGUGGUGUCUGCUGCAGUGUUUGGAGUCCUCAGGAAGCGCUAGGAGCAUCCUUUAACGGAGGUACCCAGUCGGGGUGCCAGGCGAUCCAUUACAGAGGUUUUCUCUCUUUUUCUCUAUUGUGAGCAGAGCUGGACAAGCAUGAGUCCCAGUAUAUCCCUUGAACCUAAACAGCACCGGGGGAAGGGAAAAGAAGGAAUCUCCUGACAGCCAUAAUAUGUUUUUAAUGUAGGACAACUGAGCAACAUGGAAGUAUGAAUUCUGGAAGAGAGCACAUGACAGGUGCAUUGUCGCCAUACGGGUGGGAGGAAAGGACCCCUAAAUACCCACACCCCACCCUUUACCCAAAAAACGAUCAAUUCUGAGGUAUGGGACAAUACGUCCCAGGUUUUUACCUUCAGCAUACAGUACUAGAACAUCUGGCCUCCUAUUACUUCCCAGCAUACCUAAGAUCGCUCCACAAACGGCCUGCCACCUGUAACCCCGAUAUCUGAACCAUUUCAAUGCAAUCUGGUCCUCAGGAAAGGACAGCUGGUGGCCCUUAAAAUGAACUGCAGCCCUCUGUUUGGCCCAGAAGAUGUAGGAAUGGCCCAUGAUCCAGACCACUUGACCUAUGGAGACAAAUUAGGUAGUUAGGCCUCUUCCUCGGUCGCCCGAUUACCCAGACGCUUAUACCAGGCACCCUAGGCGCCAAACUGAUUCCCUGGAACCAAACUGAUUCCCACCUACCAAUUUUCUUAAUGAUCUCUUCACCCAAACCCAACCUUGUCGCCUCCGUAGCUGCACCUAUGCGAAAGGAGUGUGUCCCAAACUGGUAAUCACAAUUGAAUGACCCGGAAGAAUUAGAAGUGCGACAGCAAAGAGCCAUCUUGAUGAACCAAGAAGGAUCUGUCGCCCACUGGCCGCCUCGUCAGGUACCGCGAGACGUUAAGCACCAGGCACAAGUCCGAUCCUGGGAGUUUGUGCGGCACAAUGUCCACCCCCUUCCCCAUGACAUUCGUUUGCGACUGGGCCAGCCGCACGACCUCUCUAUCGGCUGUCACAGAAACAUCUUCCAACAUCACUCCCCCUCUGCCUUCCCUAUUGGUUCUAACCAACUCCCUGAUGCGGAAAGCACCAAAGAAAGGUAAUACAAAUGCCAAACCGAACAGCCAUGCUUCGUAUUCGGUGAAACAAAUCCCGGGAAGCUCCCGCACCAAACCUCCCAGUAUGUUAAAGUAGAUGGGUCUCCUAGUAUCCGGCACCACGCGCCCCUUCUGGAAUCCCUUAAGAGCCUGCCACACAAUAAAAAAGCUUGGUGAGAUCAUCAAACAUCUGCCCUGCAUCUGCGAUCCUGGGUAGAGGCAUUAUGAACUUCAUACACUCUAGUUCUUCACCUGCAUGCAUUCCGUCGCUAGUGAGGGGUGCUGGAAUGGAGUAAGGGAAAUAGGGCAAAUAGGCCAUUUGUCAUAAUCGUGUUUAUCUUUUUCUUUAGUUUUAUUGUUUUUGAUAUGCUUAAACAUGUGCUUCAGGGUUUAAAUGUAAUGCCAUAUAGCUAACAUGUCCUGUAAGAUGUAUAGGAAAUCUUUGCACCAGGAAAAAAGUUGAUGUUAAGUUUUGAGGGUUAGCGGCAGCCCAGUAGUGACACGGUUGGAAACCAGUCACUGCCUUAGAGGAUUAUGGAAAUCGGAAGCCAGUACUGGCUUUUUCCCUCUAGCUACUGGUGAACUUUUGCUGUUUGUCAAAAGCUGCUACCCACCAACAAAAGCAACAAGCAUUUUAGCAAAUGGCAGCUGACCAGUGAAAAGAUUACUUAAAUUUGUAAGUUGGUUAGCAUACCAUUACUCUUUGUUUAGUAAAUAACUAUUAGAUUCAUAAUGGAUGAUUUUACACCAAAUUCCAAACACGUGUGAAUUGGAAAAAACUGCCAUGAAAUACAUAUAAAAUAUUAGUUUUAUGUAUUAAAAAUUACCAAUUUUGUUAGAAGCUAAUACUAAGAUAUGUAUGACUUGACAGCCAAACGUCCUGAAGAGCAAACUAUGACGUUCAUAUUAAUUAUAUAUAUUAUUCUGUUCAGCCUUUCUGUUUUUGCUGUUGAUCCAAGAGAAGGCAAAACAGUUUUAAGUGCUUUUCAAUUUUGUAACAAACUAGGAAAAAGUUCCUUCUUGACACCAGAAUGGCAGUCAGAUAUCGUUUGUUACCCCACAUAUUAAAAAUUAUAUUCUGGGGGCAUGGCUUGGUGCCUGAACUGAAUGGACGCACAUCUGUGAGGCUUCUGCCGUUUGGGUACCUUGGAGCAAAAAUAAUCGGUCUACAGAGCAAAAUUAUAGCACCUACAGACUCACUAUGUCUCAAAACAGCCAAAGCGGGACUGAGCGUCCUUCUUCUUGGCAAAGACUGCGGGACAGAAACCGUGAGAAGGCCGCAGUCACUACAAAGAUGGCGGAGAAGCCUGCUUCCGCGAAGGAUCGCUGUCACCCUCAGCCUCCCUGGGUUCCCUCUCAGAGGAACAACCCCUAACAACUACAGCAAUGCGAAACAUGCUUACCGACCUGGCUGACACGAUGCAGAACAACAUGAAGAAGCAGCUGCAAAGUCUAGCGGCGGACCUCCGCCAAGACAGCUCAGAUAUAGGCCAACACACGGCCCAUGUGGAAAACAAAUUGGAUGAAUGCACUGAGGCACAUUACCGGCUGGCAUCCAAAGUGCAGGAACAAGAAACAACCCUCCACAUGUAUAAAACCAAGCUGGCAGACCUAGAAGACCGAUCGAGAAGGAACAAUAUUAGGAUCUGAGGUAUACCGGAAACGGUAUUAGCCACAGGCCUCACUGACUACCCUCAAGAUAUGUUCCAACUGCUCAUCCCAGCUAUCCACCCGGACCAACUGCUUGUGGACAGAACACACUGUCUCUGUCGGCCACAACACCUGCCACCCACGAUGGAGAGGGAUGUCAUUGCACGCAUCCACGUCUUUCAUGCCAAAGAGCAGUUGAUGAAAGCGAUCAGAAUUUGCCCGACCCUUAUGGACACAUCAAGCUCUUUGCGGAUUUAUCUGCAGAAACUCUGCAAUUUCAGAAACACUUGGCUCCGGUCACUACCACCCUACGAGAACAAAAAGUAGUGUACAGAUGGGGAUACCCUGCAAAGCUUUUGGUCCACCAUGAAGGAACCAUGCACGCGAUCUCUACCCUGGAAUCGGGUCUCUCUAAGCUCAAGGACUGGGGUUUUCAAACACCAGAGCGCUUACAACAGAAACCAGCAAAAGCCCCCAGACUCUCCCCAGAGUGGACACUCACAUAAGUGCUAUGUAAGACAUUCCUUCCUAAGCGGAGGCAUGAUUCCAGUAUCCUUCCAAGACAACCUGAGAUCUACCACAGUUUCAGAGAUCAGGUCGUAUCACACCCUGAAUUUUUUGAGUUAUGGACAGACCAAUGUUAAAUGUAAUGUUAAUGGAAUGUAAAUGUUGAUUGAUUAUGCCCUAGGGUUAGUCGGAUAGAUCUACACCAGUUCCUACCCCACGCAGUUAGAGAACUACCGGGCAGUAAACCACUUCCCCACAAAAGGAGAUUUGCCCCUCGUAGCCUCAGAAGCUAAUGGGGAGCUUGGAGUGAUCACAGGUAUCAGCGGGUACUAACCUCGGUUGAAUUGUAGUAUAUAUGCACUAUGUUUGGAUGUUGUGUCUGUUUAGCCAGUGCCCUGCGGUUGCCCUGAACGACCUAACCCUGUAUGUACCCGAAGCAGUUGGGGCCACAGCGGCCCAGGCACAGUAAGGGUUAACUAACUAAAAGGGGUGAUUCCGUACAUCGGAGGCCCCUCCUGGAGGGAACCACAACAUUGGUCGCCCCUGUCACCACAGAACCGGAGAACCGGCACUGUAAACCUCCCAUAUGUCUCCCCAUAUGCAAGAGAACAUGGGACUCGGACCUAUCUUGCAUUCUAACCCCCAGGGAGGAUGUUACACCCGGCCAAGGACUCCCUCAUUAACUGCUAUACACAGGGAGCCGAUGACCCAGCCCAGGCCAAGAGACAACACCCUCGUCCUAAUAGGGGCCGACGGCAUCUAUGAGUUCUUUUUUACUUUAUAUCUUCCUUUUUGGUCUAACCUGUUCUCACUGACUCUUGAGACCCUUGAGACAUUUCAAAAUCACAAUGUUGCAACGCUCCUACCUCCAUCAGAGCCACAUAUGAGCUGCAUGCCUAUGGCAAAGCUCGACCUCCCGCCCCCUAGGCUCUGCGAUUAAGAGUUCCUUGAUGCAAUGUGGCUCCGAGCAAGGGAGCUAGUUAGGGCAUGCUGCCCACCCAUUUACUUUAUCCCCUCACCUAUCCCCCCAUCUGGUCUCAUUCUGUCCCAGAGGGUCCCUCCUUCCCCUACGAAAUUUUAUCCAAGUACUCAAACUCCGGCUACCCCGCCAGAAUUUAAUCACUUACCACAUCUUAACAAGACGCGAGAAACCCUACUCAGCCGAAUUGUCACUGACACACGCAAACGAUAUGUAGCGCACUCACCCCCCCCAUCAUACCAAUAUGAGACUUAUCUCCCACAACGUCAAGGGGUUAAACACCCCAGGUAAACGCAGACUACUGCUUAAAGAUUUGAUAAAAAACAGGGCAGAUAUUGCCUGUAUUCAGGAAACACACUUUCGAAAUGACCGCACUCCGGCCAUAUUCAUGAAAACUUACCCCGUCCAGUUUCACUCUCAAGCAAGCACUAAGACGAAAGGAGUAUCAAUUCUGGUCCACAGAGAUGUAGCCUUCACUCCAAUAGAGCACAGUAUAGACCCAAGGGGCAGAUACAUAAUAUUGGUGGGACAAUUUAACGUUGUCCACCUCACGUUAGUAGCAACCUAUUUCCUCAAUGAAAAUCCCAAGCAAUUCCUCCAAAUGGUAUUGCGUAAAAUAGACAAGAUUAAACGAGGCAAUGUAAUACUAUGCAGGGAUUUUAACUGCUGUAACGGAUCACCUGGCACCCCGACUGGGUACCUCCGUUGAAGGAUGCUCCUAGCGCUUCCAGAGGACUCCAAGCACUGCAGCAGACACCACAACCACCGAAUUGUAGGAGCAUGUGAAUGCUCUCAAGCAUAUGAAUGCUGUAGACAGUUGAAUAGGAACCAUACCAAUAGGUUUACUCUCCUAGCAGUCAAACUGGAACAGCAUACAAUAAAUCCUCCCCCAAUAAUGAGACGACACUUCACUUUGAGGGUUAAGCAGGAACUCCCUGUACUGUCCCAUACAGUCUCUUUUAUUCCCAAUCCACAAACAUAGUACAGCCCACAGGGCGUUACAAAACAACCAAUCAAUCCGUACAAUACACCCAGACACUCCCACACAAAAUCCUCCCCUCUGCAGGUGAUAUGAUUACUGAACACAAUGGGUAAUCUCAUUAUCACCGGCAGAGGAAUACAGUUUUUACACAAUAUUUAUAACUUCUAAAAUAUACAUGUCACAAACAUAAAACAUACAUUUCAUAAUCAAUCCAUUCAGGGGAACAACAUAUUAAAAAAUGGCACGAAUCAGACCAGGGGUUCAAAAGUUAAGGGAAAGUCCUUUGUGACUAAAUGAAGCAUGGCUUUCCGGCCCAAACCAGUUUCAGAGUCUUCUAUCCUGGAGAUAAGUAAUUCAAUUAUCUCCCAGGACAGACACAAGACUCCAUUAAGCACAUGGUUGCAAAAGACACAAAACACUUUAAAAUACAUAAAGUCACAUUUACACAUAACACACAGACAUUUCACAUAUCCCCAGAUAGCUGGGAUCUGAGUGCACAUUAUUAGAUGAAUGGCACUCAGAUCACACAAAUAAGCCUUUCUGCAGGGGAAAUAAACAGUUUAACCUGCAGGGCCAUAGUCCAAAGGGAGCAGGCGAGCAACCAGGCUUCUCCAGUUCACAGUGGCGAGGUUGGUUUCGCCACACUUCUCCCCUUUACCAACUAGACUAACCGGGUAUCUGACCUCCUGCCGGUCAGUGCCCUGGUUAGUCCAGCAACCCACCCACAAAACAGAAACAGCAGUACAGCCCACCCACAAUAACUGGUUACUACACCUGGGUAGCGGAGAACUUUGUCCAUGUCCAGGUGCCUCACCAUGACUGUGUGGGCAACUGUUAGGCUGCCUUGGUGGGUUGCUGAGUGGGCAGAGACCAGCGGUACUCUGCCCUGAUGCCAGUGCUACCACGGAAGUAGCCUGGUGGGAGCCUGGUUAUGGGAGGGAGAGACCGACUGUCUCCCCUCUGGAUACACCGCUCUGUGGCUGGGGAACAGGACCGACUGUCCCUACCCCUGGUGCUGCAAGUGCAGAGACUACGUUCCCAUCUGCACUGUUGGGGGGUGUAACAUCUCCCCUUGCUGGGUUAGGCUGCCGCUGGAGAGAGGGUGUAACAAGCUCCUCUCUCUGAACUGUAAACUGCCGCUGGGGAGAGGGGGUAUCAGGCUCCUCUCCCUGACACUCUCUCUGCUGGUGGAGAGGGGGACCAGCUGUCUCCCUUUCAUUAUUUUGUCCUGUGGUUGGGGUGCGAGACUGACGGUCUCUGCUCCCUGCAGGACACUCUGCCGCUGGGGAGGAAGGACGGCACCUUCAGCUCCCUGGGGUACACACUGCCGCUGGGGAGGAAGGACUGCACCUUCAGCUCCCUGGGGUACACACUGCCGCUGGGGAGGAAGGACUGCACCUUCAGCUCCCUGGGGUGCACACUGCCGCUGGGGAGGAAGGACUGCACCUUCAGCUCCCUGGGGUACAUACUGCCGCUGGAGAUCUGGGCCGACCGCCCAGCAUCCCU